AUGUCUCUACCCCAAUCUUUCAUCAGCAAGAAAAAGCUGAUAUCAAGCAAACUUGCUGUUCCAACAGAAGAAUACGAUGAUCUAUCACCCAAAGGUUCCGUUGAUGAAGGCAUCCGAGAAUUAAUCGACGAGAUUAAUUCUUUGGAUGGUUGUUGCACAACCAGUAGUUGCGCUGGGCGAGUGAGCGUAUUCCUCGAAGGGAAGAAAAGCUCUGAUGAAUUCCGAAGUCUGGUGGAAGAUAAAGCUAGUAUGGAUGCUACCCCAGACGUGAGAGCUGAGAAGGGUGCUGGGUUUGGGGGAAAAGGAGGGGGUGGGAGAUGGCUAUAUGUUUCUCAUGAUCCAAUUAGUGUUGAGGAAUUAAGCAAGCUAGAAGAUGAAGGGGCACUUUCAUCAAUAGACCAAGCGCAAAAAGUGCUGUCAGCUGCAUUGCAAGCCGGCUUUCGGGAAAGUGGUGCAUUGAACCUAAUAUCUACCACCUCAGAACCAGCAACUCCCAUGUUGGUGUAUUUCACGAGACAAUUGACCAAGGAGUUUGCCUUGUCGAUAAUGGACAACUUGGCACGUUGA